UGUCAACAUAUGUGAUCGAUGAAAAUGCACCUCCUGUGGUGACGUUGCUGGUAGAGUGUAAACUAGUGUAACCACCGCACUUAUUGGUGUAAACCUAUAUAUAGAUAAUAGCUGUUGUUAGUUGCAUGCGAUUUUUUUAAUGUUGGAUACCAAAGACGCUUUAUUUAAUCUUUUGUUCCCGACUAAAUUGUGCAAUAAUGCCUAAUUAUAAUGAAAUUAAAACAUUCGUAUUUUUUGAUUUGGAAACGACUGGACUUAUACGAGGCAAAAUAAUGCCUGGUAUUACAGAAAUUUCUCUGAUUGCUGUGUCUCGAGAGGCUAUUUUAGAAAAAAAUGGAAAGCUGCCAAGAGUUUCACAUAAACUUAUUAUGCCGAUCAAUCCAAAAAAAACUAUUCCUGAUAUAGUAACUAAUAUUACAGGACUUUCCGCUAAGAAUUUGGCCAAUGUAAAACCUUUUGAAGUUGAAACAUUUGAACUCAUGAUGCAGUUUAUCGGCAGAUUAAUAGCGCCAAUUUGUUUUGUUGCACACAAUGGAAACAAUUUUGAUUAUAAAAUCAUCAUGCAAGAAUUUCAACAAAUUGAGAAGGCCAUGCCAAUUGAAGUUCUCUGUGUAGAUUCUCUAGAGGCUUUUAAGGAUAUUUUAUGCACAACGGAUUCAGAUUCUGAAAAUAAUGAUGACAGUAAGAAGGGGCAAGCUGCAGCAAAUUUGUCAGUGGACUAUUUCUCCUUAUUAGAGGAUGGUAUGGAUGAUACUUUAUGUAAAGCAGUAGAUAGAAUCCUAGAGUCAAGCAUAGUAAAUGAUGAACUUAAUACAUGUAAACAAUAUUAUUAUAGUAAAUCAUUAAAUGAUGUUAGAGUACAGAAUAAUUUUGGUAAUGAUGUUACUUAUUGUCAGUCAGAAAAUACUUUGCUGUCUGGUACAAAUGACGAUUUGCGCUGUACUUUAAAACAGAAAAAUGAAAAAACUCCACCUAAACAAAUAAUAUCCUUACGUAAAAUAAGGGCAGGUGCUAUUCCAGCACCACAUAAGAAAAUGAUCGAACCAAGAGUAUUGAGUUAUCCCCCUGAAGAUACAAAGAUAAGGCCAAAAAAUUUUAAACUACCUACUAUCUAUGAGUUCUUAUUAGGUAGCAAAUUGGAAAAUGCACAUAUGGCAGAAACAGAUUGUAAUGCAAUGUUGAAAUGUGUAAAUAUACUUGGAGAUAAAUUUGUCAAAUGGGCUGAUUCGAAUGCAGUCCCACUGAAUAUUUAUGGGAAUGUGUGUUCAUAAUAGUUAAGGUAUUUAUAAAUAAUUUAAUGAUCUUAGACAUCAGACAUUUCCAUAUGAAUGGAGUGCUUUUUAAAAAGCAUAAAACUAACAAAUGUAUAGCGUAGCCUCUCGCUAAGUGCGCAUGAACAUUUCCCCUCAAUCGGCCGGCGAUGCAAUUCCCUUACCUACAUUUCUUCGUGUAUGUACAGUCUCGUAGAUGGGCACAUAGCGAAAGGGUACUGUAUGCACAAAUAGGGAUGAUUAUACUGAUAAAUUAAUUCUAUUCUAAAUACUUAUAAUGACUAUACAAAUUACAGGCUUAUUAUUCAUAUUGACACAAUAGAAUGCUAGGCUUUGAAAAAAUAGUUUAUAUCAAAAACGUUUUGUAAUAAAAGUCAGCUAUACAAAGGCACAAGAUCAUGAUAAUCGAUUGGUUUUUCCAUGAAGAUAUUGAAAGACUGUAUACAGGGUGUCCCAAAAUUACCUGACCUAAGGGGUAUGACGGUGUUCGGAAGGCACCACUGAUCACGAAAAUGACCUUCCUUUUGUCCGGAAGUUCAUAGUUUUUAAAUGGGAGCAG